AGCCAUUUUGGCGCAAACCAUUUUUUUGCUCAAGUUUCUAGCAUCCGCCUCCCACACAUCGGGCGACGUCCACCAGCAUGGCCGCGGGAGGCGGCGAGAUCGCCGUCAAGGUCGUCCUCUACUAUUGGCCUGCCUUCGGCCGAGCGGGCGCACUGUUCCGCAUUCUUGAGGAGAGGGGCGUUCCUUACGAGCACAAGUCCUCGAAGAAGGAAAUGGCUGCUAAGGCUUCUGCUUUCGGCGCCUCUGGGGUCAACAUCGCCCCACCUAUCGUCGAGAACGGCGGCAAACUUAUUUCGCAGUGCACAGCGUGCGCAAUGUACUUGGGCAUGACAUUGGGCUUCGACAAAGGCGUGGUUCCUUGCCUCGAGGUGCAAUAUCUGCUCGACAUCGUUGACGCAGCUGAGGGAGGCAUCGGCAACAACAAUGAUGACUCUGGUCUGCUCAAACAGUUCAUGGAGGGUUGCGACGGGAAGCCUUCCCAGUGGUCGGUUCUGGCAGGAACGAUCGAGCGCAACAUCCAGGGGCCAUAUUUCUGCGGCGCAGAACCAUCCUACGUCGAUUCCUUCCUGCUCCAGCACACGGAUUGGCGUAGAGACAUGUUCGAUGAGUUUCAAGCCAAGACUGGCACGGACAUGUUUCGCUGAUUAUCCGAAGAUCAAGACUGUCUUGGAGGGACUUCGUUCGCUCGACUCGUACAAGGACUACAAUAGUGAGCUCUCAACCACUGCAACCUUCGAUCAGAGAGUCAUCGAUGCGUAUACUGUCUGAGCUGCAGCCACAUCUUCUAUCAGGAAGGCACGACGGCGAGUUGUCCGAACUUCUUGCAGAACCUCCGAGUCCCUGGUAUCGAGGGAAAGUGGUUGUAGGCCUCGUCAUUGUGUACCUUUCGAGAGGUCUGCUCUGGCCAUGUGGUGUAUACUGCAUAUCAUAUGCCUUCAGCUCCGUAUCGUCAAACACGCUCGUCCUUGCAGGCUUUUCUUUCUAUUACGCGCAGCGUCCUCUUGCAAGACACGCGUCUCGUUGGACUGCCAUUCUGGCGAGAGCCUUCCUUGGAAAAGGAUCUGCCCUGACAAUCGCUGUGUGACGUGAAAGUUAAACGACGUUCAC